AUGGUAGUUGUUCAAAAUGUAAUUUAAGUUGUUGUUUGUGCAUAUUAUUAGAUAUUUUAUUCAAUGAAUCAUCCAUUCUUUGAAUAAUUUAAAUUAGUAUAGGUAUAUUAAUAAUUAAAUAAGAAACCUUGGCCUUGGGAAAAAAAUAAAGAAGAAUGGAAAAUAAUGAAAAUAAAAACUUUGAAAUCAAUUAUAUUAAAUUAAUCUCUUGCUGCUUUACUUGUUUCAGUGAUACCUCCAUUUGAAUGUAGAAUGGAUACUAGUAGUUUUCCAAGUUACUUUGAAAUUAUGAAACAUGUCAUUAUAUGUCAUCUUAGUGAAGAUUUCAUAUUUUAUUGGAGUCAUAGAAUUUUACAUUUACCAGGAUUGUACCCAAAGAUACAUAAAAUACAUCAUUAAUAUAAUGUUUCAAGUAAGUUUUUAACUAAAAUUAGUUGCCAUUGCAACUGAAUAUGCACAUCCAAUUGAAUUUAUUUCAAGUAAUAUUAUGCCAAUAUUUUCUGGUCCUUAUUUAUUAGGUGAUCAAAUUCAUUGCAUAACAAUAUUAAUUUAUGUUGGAUUGCAUUUAUCAAAAGCUAUACAUCAACAUUGUGGAUAUGUUUUCCCUUGGGAACUAUAUAAUUAUUUGCCAUUUGCCACAAAUUCAAUACAUCAUGGAUUACAUCAUAGUGAAAACAAUGGUAAUUAUGGAUCCCAAUUUAUUCUGUUUGAUAAAAUAUUUGGCACUUGUAUUGAAUAUAAAGUAAAGUGA